UAGCCUGAUUAUGAAUCUGUGUCCUAUUAUUUUUCAUUUAAAAUUGGCGCCAUUUUUUCGAAUUACAAAUUACAAUUCUAAACUACUAUUAUAUACGAAUAUUACGAAUGUGAAAGUAUUAUUGCUGCUCAAAAUGCGAAUAAACAUUGUAAAUCCUGAUUUAAAUAAACUAGGUUAUAUCACAGCUAUCGCAAAUAUUAGCGACAAACAUGAUCGUUCGGCGCCAUCAGAUUUCCACUGGAAAAUACUUAAAUGCAGAAUGAUAAUUUUUUCAAGUUCGUCAAUCCUAGCUUGUCCCGACAAGAAGGACGUGAAACAAGUUCACAUAAUUUUUAACAAAACUGGUGAUGAUUACGAUAGAUUAAAUUCUCUUUUCGUUAAAUUUUCAUUAAUGCAAGAUGGUGGAAUAAAGGAAGUUACUCCUGAAAUAUAUCAAAAAUGUUUCCAUUACACCAUGACAGCUAGGAUCGCCCCUGCGUGGAAUACAAUGGAAGAAAUUUAUUUAAUAAAUAAUAGAGACUUCCUUACUACAAAGGGGCCUCAAGAAGGAAUCAAAUACAAUAUUUCAGUUAAUCAAAACUUUACUAUUCUUGAAAUUAAUGCUGUAAAAAUAAAUUUGAUGAUAUCUGAAGACGAAUUUUCUCCUGGUGAAUGGAUAAGAGUUCUGCCAAGUUUAAAUAAGGCCAUGGUGGAAGACAGCUGUAAAGAUUUUUCUCAAGUUCCAGUUUCAAAAUUCAAAUCUUACAAGGAUAUACGUCGACACUGGAAAAAUAUUCAUGGCUAUCGUUUGCCUGAAGAAGAAAGUUCCUAUUACUCGAUUCAGUUCUGGCGUGGAGAACCAUUACUUUACCCAAAGCUAUGCGUUAUUAGAAAUUUUCCAAUUGUGACUCCUACCCCAAAACCAUUAGAGAGAAUUAUAAUAUCAAGGUUUUUGAAUUGCCUAAACAGCAAGAUAUCUAAUAUUUUGGGCACUCCACUUACUAUUCAGAUACAAGAAAUGCAGCAGCUUGAUAAUAAUUCUAUGAUACCAAACGAUACCCUGUCUGAAACUCAAGCCGUCAGUCUUUGCACCCCAACUCAGUGUUCUCGAAUAUCUAAAUAAAUUUAAUAACAUAGACAGACAUAUCGCACCUUACGGUGCAAUAUCGUCACUUAUGCAAUUUUUGUCAAAACUUAACUGAUUAUGAAAGAAUACUCCAAA